GAAGGAGGGGGAGGGGACCGGAGGGUCAGCGGCUGUUACUGCUCAGCUCGGCUCGGGAUGGACACAGCUGCGGGAGCGCGGGGCUGAGCGGAGGGAGCGAGGCGAGGCUGAGGCCGGGGCCGGACCAUGAGAACCUGUGCACUGACCACCACCUCACAACGGACAUCACUGGGACAUCACCCUGCGGGGAGGAGGUUGGCGGCUGAGGGAUUGUGGGGAGUGGGCUCAAGGCAGUGAGAGCCAGAUUGAGCUCGCGGCAACUGCUUCCCGUCUCUCGCCCCCCGCCCACCGUGUGCCGCCCGCGGACAUGCAGCAAUGGCGGCCUUCGGGCUCCUGAGCUACGAGCAGAGACCCCUCAAGCGGCCUCGGCUGGGACCCCCGGACGUUUACCCUCAAGACCCCAAACAGAAAGAGGAUGAGCUGACUGCAGUGAAUGUAAAACAGGGGUUUAAUAAUCAACCUGCUUUCUCUGGAGAUGAACAUGGCUCAGCUAGGAACAUUGUUAUCAACCCAGCAAAGAUCGGGGCCUAUUUUAGCAGCAUCUUGGCAGAAAAACUUAAACUCAACACAUUUCAGGACACAGGGAAGAAGAAACCUCAGGUGAAUGCCAAGGACAAUUAUUGGCUGGUUACCGCCCGCUCCCAGAGUGCAAUUCACAACUGGUUCACCGAUCUCGCAGGAAAUAAGCCUCUGACUGUUCUCGCAAAAAAGGUGCCCAUCCUCAGUAAGAAGGAGGAAGUCUUUGCUUACUUGGCUAAGUAUUCCGUGCCGUUAUUGAGGGCAGCAUGGCUGAUCAAGAUGACGUGUGCUUACUACGCUGCUAUUUCUGAAGCCAAGAUUAAGAAACGACAGGCCAUAGACCCAAACCUUGAGUGGACUCAGAUUCUGACCAGAUACCUGCGAGAACAGCUGGCCAAAGUGGCGGAGUGUUACCAUGGGACCUCCGGCCAGGGAGCUGCGUCUGCAACAGUGCCUCCAGAGGUGGAACAAGCAAUAAAACAGUGGGAGUACAACGAAAAGCUGGCGUUUUACAUGUUUCAGGAUGGGUUGUUGGAAAGACAUGAAUACUUGACCUGGAUUCUGGACGUCUUGGAAAAGGUCCGACCAGCAGAUGAUGAACUACUUAAACUCUUAUUGCCACUAAUGCUACAGUACUCGGAGGAGUUUGUGCAGUCAGCCUACUUGUCUCGUCGCCUUGCUUACUUCUGUGCCAGACGGCUUUCUGUGCUUCUGAGUGAAAGCUCCUCGAACCUUGUUCCUGCACAUUCACCUCAUAUGAUUGUUGGACCAAAUAACCCUCCUCUGGCUGCUCCCAGCCCCGCUGCUCCGGCUGCAGUCGUUAGCCCAACGCAGUCAGCUGCCUCCGACCUCCAGUCGUGUUCACAGCAUCGUCCUUUGGUUUAUGGCCUCAGUUGCAUGUUGCAGACAGUAACUUUAUGUUGCCCCAGUGCCUUGGUGUGGAAUUACUCCACGAACGAAAGCAAAACCAGUAAUCCUGGCUCACCUCUUGACCUGCUUCAGGUGGCUCCAUCCUGUUUACCCAUGCCAGGGGGAAACUCCACCUUCAAUCAGCAGGUUCGAGCCAAAAUUUACGAGGUGGAACAACAGAUCAAGCAGCGAGGUCGCGCUGUGGAAGUCCGGUGGUCCUUUGACAAAUGUCAGGAAUCCACUGCAGGUUUUACAAUCAGUAAAGUUUUGCACACAUUGGAAGUGCUGGAUCGACACUGUUUUGACAGAUCAGACUCCAGCAACUCCCUCGAUACCCUCUAUCACAAGAUCUUUGGGCCAAGCCAGAGCAAGGACAGCCAGGAGCAGAUUGCACCGAAUGAUGAGGCGGUGGUGACCCUGCUCUGUGAGUGGGCAGUGAGCUGCCAGCGCUCAGGCAAACACAGAGCCAUGGCAGUCGCUAAGCUCCUGGAGAAACGGCAGGUGGAGAUCGAGGCAGAGCGUUGCGGCGAAUCCGAAGUCUUAGAUGAGAAGGAAUCCAUCUCGUCUGCGUCGCUGACUGGCUCGAGCCUUCCAGUUUUUCAAAAUAUCCUCCUCAGGUUUUUGGACACCCAAGCUCCUGUAUUAACUGAGCCCAACAAUGAGAAUGAACGAGCGGAGUUUGUGAAGCUGGUGCUGCUGUUCUGCGAAUUCAUCCGACAUGAUGUCUUCUCACACGAUGCGUACAUGUGCACACUGAUAUCCCGGGGGGAUCUCACCUCCAUCAGCGCCACGGCUCGACCACGCUCACCGACUGCCGACAAUGUGGAGGAGCACUACAGCAAGGAGCAGGAAGAGAGCCAUCAUGGUAUUAAACUGGAGGAGCAGGGGCUGGGAGAGCACAUGGACAUGGACUCAGGACCCACAAAUCUAUUUGACGAAGUGGACAAGAAUGAUUUCAAAGCAGACUUUGGGCCAGAGUUUGCAAUUUUCUCCCCAAUGCCUGGGGAGCCCUUGACCUGUGAGCACAAUGCAAACCCGUCUCUGGAUCAAAGUGGCACGAAAGACGAAAAACCAAUCAGGAAAGAGAAGCAGAAAGAGCUGAUCUUCCCGUGCACUUACGAACAACCUCGCCAUCUGCAGUACGCCACGCACUUCCCUAUCCCCCAGGACGAGUCGUCAAGCCACGAGUGUAACCAGCGGAUGAUCCUGCUUUAUGGGGUGGGGAAGCAGCGGGAUGAGGCGAGGCACCAGCUCAAGAAGAUUACCAAAGAUAUCCUGAAAAUCCUGAACAAGAAAAGCACAUCGGAAACCACUGGAGACGAAGGACAGAAGUCAAAGAGGAGUAGACAGGAAACUCUUCCAACACUCGAGACCAUUUUUGCCAAACUGCACCAACUCUCAUAUUUUGAUCAACAUCAGGUAACAUCUCAGAUAUCCAGUAAUGUCCUGGAGCAGAUCACGAGCUUCGCCUCAGGAACCUCGUACCACUUGCCUCUGGCUCACCACAUCCAGCUGAUUUUUGACAUGAUGGAGUUCGCUCUUAACAUCAAUAGUCUCAUUGAUUUUGCUAUUCAGUUGCUGAACGAACUGAGUGUGGUGGAAGCGGAACUCUUGCUGAAGUCCUCCAGUCUGGCUGGGAGCUACACCACGGGUCUGUGUCUGUGCAUUGUGGCUGUCCUGAGACACUACCAUUCCUGUCUCGUGCUCAACCCAGACCAGACAGCGCAGGUUUUUGAAGGGCUGUGCGGGGUCGUGAAACAUGUUGUGAACCCUUCAGAGUGCUCCUCUCCCGAGAGAUGCAUCCUGGCAUACUUGUAUGACCUCUAUGUGUCUUGUAGUCACUUACGUAUCAAAUUUGGAGACCUGUUCAGUAGCGCCUGUUCCAAGGUGAAGCAGACAAUUUACAGCAACGUUCAGCCCUCCAACUCCAACCUGCUGUGGGAUCCCGACUUCAUGUUAGACUUCAUUGAAAACCCCUCGGCCCAUAACAUCAACUACUCCAUGCUGGGCAAGAUCCUGAGCGACAACGCAGCCAAUCGCUACAGCUUCGUGUGCAACGCGCUCAUGAAUGUGUGCAUGGGACAUCAGGACACAGACAGAAUCAAUGACAUAGCUAACCUCUGUGCUGAGCUGACAGCAUGCUGCACCGUACUCAGUUCAGAAUGGCUUGGUGUUCUCAAGGCUCUUUGCUGUUCCUCAAACCAUGUCUGGGGUUUCAAUGAUCUUCUCUGCAGUGUGGAUGUGAGCGAUCUUUCAUUCCAUGACUCUCUUGCCACCUUUAUUGCCGUUCUCAUCGCUCGUCAAUGCUUCUCACUAGAAGAUGUGGUGCAGCACGUGGCAUUGCCCUCUCUCCUGGCAGCAGCGUGCGGCGACCCAGAUGCAGAGCCAGGAGCCAGAAUGACAUGCAGGCUUCUGUUGCAUCUGUUCAGAACGCCACAAGUCAGCCCCUUCCCCCAAGCUAAUGGUAAAUCUGCUCCUGGGAUCCGCUCGUCCUGCGACCGCCAUCUUUUAGCGGCAGCGCACAACAGCAUAGAGGUGGGCGCGGUGUUUGCGGUGUUGAAAGCAAUCCUGAUGUUGGGGGAUGCAGAGUUAGGCAGCAAUAAUGUCAACCCCUUGAGCAACGACACGUUCAGCGUUACCAGCCUACUCGCCCCCAUCGGUAUGCUGGACGAGGUGGCUGAGGAGGAGAUGCUGAGUCCCACCAAGAACUCCAAGUCCAUCGGCCGUACUAUUUCCAUCGAGACAGCCAACCUGAGCGAGUAUGCCAGGUUUGUACUGAGGACCAUCUGUCAGCAGGAGUGGGUGGGGGAACAUUGCCUCAAAGAGCCUGAAAGACUGUGCACGGACAAGGAUCUCAUACUGGACCCAGUGCUCUCAAACAAGCAAGCACGGCACCUUCUGCAACUCAUCUGUUACCCGCAUGGCCUUAAAGAGCGAGUGGAGGGGGAGCAUCCACAGCGGCAUCAUAUCAAGCGGAUCCUUCAGAAUUUGGACCAAUGGGCACUAAGACAGUCGUGGUUGGAACUGCAGCUGAUGAUCAAACAGAGCAUGAAGGAGCCUGGCCCAGCAUCGGUUGCAGAGAUGAACUCUCUGUUGGAGAACAUAGCCAAGGCUACCAUUGAGGUCUUCCAGCAGUCUGCUGAGCUCAACAGCACCCUGGUGACUUCUGCCAUUGGACUAUUUAACCCAACCAGCACCAGCAACAGUGGGAACAGUAACACGAGGCAGAACGGCACCAAGACAUUCCUCAGCUGUUCGGAGCGGAAGGGGGUGUGGCUGGUGGCACCGCUGAUUGCCAAGCUGCCCACCUCCGUACAGGGCCGUGUGCUGAAGGCGGCGGGAGAGGAGCUGGAGAAGGGGCAGCACUUAGGUUCCUCGUCUAAGAAGGAAAGAGACCGACAAAAGCAGAAAAGUAUGUCGUUGCUGAGCCAGCAGCCGUUCCUGUCCUUGGUCCUGACUUGCCUGAAGGGACAGGAUGAGCAACGUGAAGGGCUGCUUACCUCGCUGCAGAACCAGAUCAACCAGAUACUGAGUAACUGGCGGGAGGAGCGUUACCAGGAUGAUGUAAAAGCCCGGCAGAUGAUGCACGAAGCUCUGCAGCUGCGUCUAAAUCUGGUUGGUGGGAUGUUUGACACAGUGCAGAGGAGCACACAGUGGACCACAGACUGGGCUCUUCUGCUCUUACAGAUCAUUACCUCAGGAACUGUUGAUGUUCAGACCAACAAUGAGCUCUUCACAACCGUGCUCGACAUGCUAGGUGUCUUAAUAAAUGGAACGUUGGCGUCUGAUAUGUCCAGUGCCUCGCAGGGAGGGUCAGAGGAAAACAAACGGGCCUACAUGAACCUGGUGAAAAAACUGAAGAAAGAGCUUGGUGACAAACACUCAGAGAGCAUCAACAAGGUCCGUCAGCUUCUGCCCUUACCGAAGCAAACCUGCGAUGUCAUCACCUGUGAACCGAUGGGGUCUUUGAUCGACACGAAGGGCAACAAGAUUGCAGGGUUCGACUCUAUUGACAAAAAGCAGGGUCUCCAAGUGUCCACCAAGCAGAAGGUCAACCCCUGGGAUUUGUUUGAGGGACACAAGAGCCCGGCCCCCCUCUCCUGGGCCUGGUUUGGUACGGUCCGCGUGGACCGUAAGGUCAUUAAGUAUGAAGAUCAGCACCACCUCCUGCUGUACCACACCCACCCGAAGCCGAAGCCCAGGAGCUACUACCUGGAGCCUCUGCCUCUGCCCCCCGAGGAGGAGGAGGAGCCUCCCACCCCUGUCUCCCUGGACUCAGAGAAGAAACCGAUAGAAGUGUCCGACCAGAACAAGAGCACUCAGGAGGAGGAAAAGAAAACCAAGAACAGGAAAAGGAAGACAAAGUCAUCAGCCCCUAGGAUAGAUGACUAUCAGCAGAGCAGUGCUUACAGAGUGCCUCCCAAUUACACACCCAUGUCUUCACAGCUGAUGCACCAUCCACAGGCCUCAGCCUCCUGGGGCUACAACCUGAUGGGACAACCUCAACAGUCUAGUUUCUAUUUUCAGAACCAGCCACUUCCACCAGGUGGCCCCAGGCUGGAUCCAUCCGGCCAGUUCACACCAACCAACACCAAGCAGGCUCUGACCAACAUGCUGCAGCGACGCUCGGGCUCCAUGAUGCAGCCGCCCUCCAUGCCCAGCAUCUCCCCCCAACAGCAGUUCCUACAGAUGAAACUCCUGCAGCAACAGCAGCAGCAGCGUAUACUGCGACAGCAGGCUCAGGCCCGGCCCUUUCAGCAGGAAUCCUGUAACACUGCUGUGUCCCUCCAAGACGGCUUUAACAAUUUCAGCUUAAUGAGUCAACCCGUGGACCAAAGUAGUCUUUAUGGCCAGCCGGUCCGAGCUGCCCAAAUCCCGCAGUACCCUGGUGUGCAGCAGGCACAGGCCAUGCCUCAUGGAUACACGGCGUACAGCACUCAGAUGCCUUUGCAGCAGCAAGCUGGGAAUAGCAUGCUGUCCCCCAACUACAGUGCCCGACCGUACCAGGCCGCCCACUCCAACCUAGCACUCAUGGACCGAAUCAGGCAAAUGCAGCAGCAACCUAGUGGCUAUAUUCACCAGCAGGCUUCGGCCUAUCCACCCGCCAUUCAGGGCACUCAGCGGCUUACUCAUCAACCAUUGCAGCAGAACUCCUUGAUGGGGACAGGACUUGAUCACAUGAUUUCGAGCCCUCACCCAAACCUUAGCUCGGUCCAGCUCUCACAAGACCAGAUGCGGCAACGACAGCAACAGCUCCGGCAACAGCGCCUCCUUCAGUUGCAGCAGCAGCAGCAGCAGCAGCAACAACAACAGCAGCAGCAACAGCAACAGCAGCAACAGAGCCAGCAGGCAUUGGGGAUACAGGCCGUGCAGUCCCAGCAGCCACUAUUUUCGAGGCAGGGGAUGCAACAAACACAGCAACAGCAACAGACGGCCGCUCUAGUUAGACAGCUGCAGAAACAGCUCUCCAGUAACCAACCACAACAGCCAUCGAACCCAUGUGGCCACCCUCCCCAUUACUGAACCUUAUAGAGAGAAGCACACACCAGAGAGUCUCUGGACAGCAAUGAAGAUCAAGGCACCAGACAUUUGCUGAAAAUGCACCCGGGGAAAGAGGGGUGGGAGGGGGGUAAAUUUCCUUCAUUGUUUCAUCCUACUUUUUUUUUAAAAAUAAAAAAAUAUUUUAUUUUAUUUUUUAAAUUUUCGAAACAUGCCCUUUUCUUUUCUUCCUCUCCGUGACGUAGCUGAUGUGAAUAAAUAAUGUAAAGUGAAAGUAGAUUAUUUUAUUUAAAAUGUUUAUUGAAGUUCUACAAUGAGAAGGGUUUGGAUCAGCCCGGAUCUUGCUGCUGUUUAUUGUUAAAAGUAAGUUCUGGUGCUUUUAGCCUAUCUACAGUGAAAAGAAUGUUGUAGAUAUAAAUGGAAUUAUUUAUUUGUGUCAAAAUUCCCGUAACAAUGCACUGGACCAAAUUUGUGGUUUAUACGAAUGAAUUUGAUUAUAAAAAGCAGAUUUCAGGCUCCAGAUAUCUGCUCUCGCCGUGGUUUUGCUCUAAUGGCCUUUAAGGAUGAAGCAAAGCUGUUCGUUUUGCCUAAAUUUGUAAUUUUACAUGAGCACUUUUUAAAGAAAAGCAUACUUUGUUAAAUAUAAAACUAUUUUUCCCCUGUAUUGUUAUUAUUAUUGUGGUAAAACACCUGGAAGCAGCAAUGUUGUGUGUGGUUACGUUCGGUAUUUAUAUGUUACAUUCGACAAGUACGGUGAAAGGAAAAGAUUCUGGUUGCAACACAAAAUAAACACAAUAAACCAAUAAUUAGCAACAUCCAAGCAAA